AUGUUCGCCCCUAAAACCUCUGCUCCAUCCUCUGGUGGAUUGACCAUCAAUACCAACUCCGCUAAUUCUCUAUUCGGUGGCACCAACACUCAAGCCAACUCAACAUCAACCCCAGGAGCGUCUGGCACAUCAGGGGCCUUAUUUGGAAACACAACUUCGACUGCUCAAUCAAAACCAGCGGCUAGUCUAUUCGGGAGCACACAACCGGCUCAAACCACCGGUACCAACAUGUUCUCCGGCCUAAGUGGCCAACAACCGUCAGGCGCGGCCAGCGGGGUUCUUUCGGGCGCAACCACUACAGCAACUACUCAACCUCAGUCGACCAGCUUAUUCGGUGCUACAGCUGGGACAGGUAUUGGCACUGGUGCUACACAACCAAGUACCGGUACGCUCUUCGGUGGCGGACUAGGAGCUAGCUCGACAACUCAGACACAAAAGCCUGCAUUAGGCCUUGGUGGUCUAGGAGGAGGUCUGGGCAGUACGGCCACUGGAAGUAGUCUUUUCGGUGCUCCUCAGAACACCCAACAGCAGACGCAGCAACCUGCAAAGCCCACCCUGUCUCUUUUUGCCAACUCAACCACUACACAAGGAACACAGCAACCGCUACAGCAAAAUACAACUGCAGGAAACGUGGUUCCCGGCGUCAAGGUCGAUGUGAGCAACCUUCUCCCUACCACCAAAUUCGAGAGCUGCGCGGAUGAGCUUCGUCGGGAGAUUGAAAAUAUCGAUACAGCCAUCCUGGAACAAAUUCGAGUGUGUCAUGAAGUGGCCGACAUGCUUCCUACAAUUGAACAACAGGGAACUACGAUUCCCAACGAUGUUGAAUUUGUGCAGAGCAAGCUGGACACCAUCCAGCAUGCGUUGGAGAAUGAUGCGAGUGAUAUUGAUCAGCUUCGCGGUCUAGUAGGCCGAGAUGCAGCCGAGGCUCAAGUUGCUUUCCGUGCUAUUGACACUUUGAAGCUACCCCUGCAAUAUCAGUCAUCAGGGGGCGGUGGCUGGUGGUCAAUGCAUGAUCAAAAGGUUCCAGAUCGCGGAUCAUUGCGAUCGACUCGAAAGAAUACGUUAGCACUCCCUGAUGACGUGGAAGUUGACCAGUCCACCGCUACUACGGUCAAUGGAGUCCCUGUCAACCUGGUGGAUUACUUUUCCCAGCGUGCAGAUGAAAUGGGCAACGUCCUCGGUCGCUACAAGGGCAACCUGAAGGAAAUCGAGGACCACUUGCACGGUCUGGAACUCAACUUGAACCGCCAGAUUAAUGAAUUUGUCAGCUCCAAGUCUCGUGAUGGUUCUAGCAUCGGUACACCCAAGUCUGCAGUCAAUGACCUGGCUGCUGUUCUGGGAGAUGUCGAGGCUGGCAUCAUGGGUGUCGCAGCUCGUCUGGGUGGAGUAACUGAGCAAGUUCAGGAGGUGACCCUCGGGCCAUUGGGGCUGGGUGACAGUCGACUGGGAUGA